AUGAGGGCAUUCAUCAUUCCUAGUUCAUUAUGUGAGGAACUAGAAAGAAUCAUGAAUUCAUUUUAUUGGGGAUCCAAAAAGAACGGUCGUCGCGGCAUCAAUUGGAUGAAAUGGGACAAGCUCACUCUUCAUAAAAGUCGUGGUGGUCUAAGCUUUCGUGACAUGGAAGCUUUCAAUCUCUCAAUGCUCGGUAAGCAAAGUUGGAAACUCCUCACCGACUCAAAUUCCUUACUUACUCGUGUCCUCAAAGCUAAAUACUUCCCUAGAAUGGAUUUCUUGGAUGCCCCUCUUGGCCAUAAUCCAAGCUACGCAUGGAGGGGUCUUUGGAGCACUCAAUCUUUACUUACCUUGGGUCAUAGAUGGAAGAUUGGAGCUGGUUCAAACAUAAAUGUAUGGUAUAUGCCUUGGAUACAUAACAUUCCUUCACAUAAACCUUCAACUCCGCCACCCCCAUUUUUUGAAGACCUCACAGUCAAUUAA